AUGUCGUCAAUGCUGGACAAUGCUAGUGACGAGGCAUAUGUCAAGAGAGGCAUGUUGAGCAGCUCCUCGGAGGAAAAACGAUUAUAUAAGGCGCGGAUUCAAAGGUUUGAUUCAGCACACAGACAUUACAUCGUGCUGAUGGGUGCGCUGGCGGUUCUGCAAUUCAUUGCUAUAGCGUUUUUCACUCGAGGUUUCUUGCUAACUCGGAACGUUCUAGAGAACGUCGCUUCAGUCACAGAAGCUUACGGGAAGUUCGAUAAAUGCGUCAUACUGAUUGUAGACGCGCUCCGUUUUGAUUUCGCUGCUCCUGUGGACCCUGCCGAUAGUUCCUUCAACACGAAUUAUCAUAAUAACAUGCCUAUCUUCAACAUGAGCUGGGAUUCGGAUACUGGUUCUUCACUGUUGCUGAAAUUUAUUGCAGACCCCCCCACUACAACCCUCCAACGGCUUAAGGGACUGACAACAGGAUCUUUACCAACAUUUAUAGACGCAGGAUCCAAUUUCAACGGGAAAGUAAUAGAAGAAGACAAUUUCAUCAAACAGCUUUACCUGAGGGACAAAAGGGUUCUGUUUGCAGGUGACGAUACCUGGCAAGCGCUCUUCGAGCCCUUCCUUUCAUCCCAGAGCGAAUUUCACGAAUCGCUGAACGUAUGGGACUUGGAUACCGUUGACAAUGGCGUUAUUGAUUUUUUUGAGAGAAAAUUUCUUACUGUACCGCAGCAGGAGCAAGAAUGGGACGUUUUGAUCGGUCAUAUGCUUGGUAUGGACCAUGUUGGUCAUAAAUACGGGCCACAGCAUUUCACUAUGAAAGAAAAGCAACUGCAAGUUAGUGACUUUAUUGACGAUAUAAGGAAGACAAUUGACGAUAACACUUUGCUCAUCGUGAUGGGAGAUCACGGCAUGGACCAUACGGGUAAUCACGGGGGAGAUUCUAAAGAUGAGUUAGAGGCGGCACUAUGGCUCUAUACAAAGCAAACAAAAGCAUGGAACCAUCUUCCAGAAGAACAGUAUUCUAUGGAUGAUCUCGGCUUAAAUUAUCGGGAAGUAAAUCAGAUAGAUCUAGUGCCAACGUUCUCGCUAUUAAUGGGAUUGCCAAUUCCUUUCAAUAAUCUAGGAUGGCCUUUUGAUGAGAUUGCAACUUCAGAAGAAGAAUCUCAAAUGUAUUCAAGACUGACCUUGGAACAGCUGAAAUCUUACAAAGAUACCAGCGGCGUAAUUUCGAAUCAGCAUAUUAAUCAACGACUUUCUGAUCUUUGGGUAUUAGCGUCCAAUAAUUAUUCAAAAUCCGCAGAUUACCAGAAAUUUUUUUUGGAAUCUUGCAAGGACAUGUGGACUAGGUUCGACUAUUGGAGUAUCGGGAGUGGCAUUACCCUACUGGCUAUAUCCCUACUUUUGUUGAUGUCUGUCACGAAAUUAAUACCUUCUAUUGUUGUCGGUCAGAUGGUUUCGGAGUUUGUUCCCUCAAUCAUCAUGAUGGCUUUGGUUUCCAAUGUUUGCUUCAAUGGGAUUUUUCAUGUUUUGCAUCAACCUUCGUUUUUAGAAAACUGGAUUUGGUGCAGUUUAUUCGCUACUGCAGUUGGAAUUAUAAUCGGUUGCUGUAUCCCAAUUUUUGAUCGUUAUAAUUUGACAUGGAUUUUACUUAAGUUUUUGGAAGAGCUAUCAGACUACUGGUCCCGUAUAGCAGCUUUGCUUCUAACGUUGCACGCGAUUGCAUUUACAUCCAAUUCUUUCACAAUUUGGGAAGACAGGAUUGUUUGUUUUCUAUUGACGACCUUGGGUAUGCUGACUUUGAAUGAAUUUAUCUUUCUGCCCAAAAGACAGUCUACCACGGCUCUUUUAAGCGCAGCUAAUGGUGAUAAAAUACCUGCUUCAACUGAACGGCUGCAAGCUUACCGGCCGCAUACUGAAAAUUUACCCCUUGGAAGGUUUGCCAGACUAGUGGGAGCAUACCAUUCGAUAGUUCUUAUCGUGUGCACAAGGCUUUCGUCAAUGAUAACAAUAUGCCGAGAGGAACAGGGUGAUAAAUGCACGGCGACCUUCACUCUGACUAAUAAUUACUCAGUUUGGUGUCUCCUCAUCUGUCUUCUACUGGUGCCAUUCUUGCCAUCGUGCAUACAGGGAUAUUACAACGUGUGCUCCUCUUACCAAGCUGCUGCACCCAUUUGGAUUGGACAAUUUUUAAAAGCAGUUUUACUGACGAACUUCAUAUAUUGGGCUUUGACAGCUUGUGAGAACAGGAUACCAAAUUGGGAUUGGGAUCUCAAAAUUGUAAAGUUUACUAUUUCUCGCAUGAUUGUUGGCUUUUCUUUGAUAGCUGCCAACGUGGGGUGGAUGAUGGGGCCACUAUGCGUGAAGAUCAAUGUGAGGAAUAAUGACUUGAAGUCUCAGCAGGCUACCAUACUAGGUUACACUAACGCCUACGGAUCUCAGUAUUUCCUUCUUGUCAUCAAUUUCCUCAUGUGCAUCAUUCUUUUCAACAAACCGUUGGCUCAAGUGUCCCUCUUCUUAAUGUGCAACCAAUUGUUAUCCAUUCUUGAAAUAUUUGACUUACUAAAAAUGAAAGAAAACCUCAUUGGACCCGUCGCGAUGGGACUUUUGGCUCAUCAGCAGUUUUUCUCGACUGGCCACCAGGCAACGAUUCCUUCGGUUCAAUGGGAUAUGGGGUUCAUUCUGACGGAACGCAUUACCUUCCCGUUUACACAUUUAAGCAUAGUCAUGAACACUUUUGGUCCUCACAUUUUGGUUGCGCUAUCAGUUGCAUUACUCACUUUAUGGAAGCAAGCGCCUUCGGUUUUAAAGCCGCAGACAAUUUUGGCGAGAAUUGUCUCCAAUUGCGGCAUGUUACUCAUCUACAACACUGUUUUAUGCUUGAGCACAUUUGCUUGGGUCACACACUUCCGCCGCCAUCUUAUGGUAUGGAAGAUUUUUUGUCCCAGAUUUAUACUCGCCAGCUUAUGUCUGAUUGUAACGCACGUCGUCAUAAUAUUCAUCACGAUUGCAUUCUCAAGUGCGAGGCUGAUAAAACAGAUCAACAACAUUUUCUGGAAGUGA